UUCGUCACUUCCUGCACAUUCCGCGUCGCAUCGCCAUUGUUUCUUCGACAGUUGAGAGAUUUUAAGCCGUUUUUUAUAUGUGAAGACAUCGUUUGGGGGACAUUAUGUCGUGUUGGGAGUGAAGAAGGAAUUCUCAGCGAUUGUUCAGCCCACAUUUGGCUUGCACAGUACCAACACGUCCCAUUGCCGAGUACAUCCAACCAGGAUGCAGACAUGCAGUGUGGGCCAGACAUGUUGGAGGAGCCGUUUGCUAACCUAAAUCAUGUCUUACAAGGAAAGGAAGACAUGGAUGACCAAGCAGAACACUAGACCACUGUAGAUGGACAACACAGACACCUGCAGGACAAAGAAGAUGGACGCCAACAAAGUAUGGCAGUGGCGCAUUAUGCAUGUUAAGAAAUAUUCAAGACGUCCAGAUCCAUUCUAUUUCAGCAAUAGAAUAGGAUUGGACUUUAAUGUAGCAUCCAGCACACAGAAAAAACUGGACUUACAGUUAGUGACCAAUGGUGUCAUACUUGAGAUUUGUAACUUUGCUAAAAUCGUGAACAAGAGUAAAAGGCGUUUUUUGACAAAUAUUUUGGAGAACAAUUUUGAUCUAGGCUUUGAAAAUGAGCAACAGCGGAUUGAUUUUUCUGCUCGUAUUCAUUACAAAGUCAAAGAGCUGAUCAGGAAACCUCCUAAAGAUAAAAAUGAAGUUUUCACUCUGUUUGACACAUCAUCUAAGGCAGAACGCAACAGCAACUAUGGACUGACCACUGCAUCUUCAGAGCACCUGGUGGAGAUGGAUGAAACUGAUCAUAGUGAACAUGAAGAUGAAUUCAAGUUUUCACAAGUAACAUCCAAGGAAUACUUGCAGACAGAAGGUUUCUCAGAAGAGAUGGACGAAGCACCUGGUGAUGACUUUCAACACGAGGAUGAAUUCAAAUGUUCACAAGUAACAUCCAAAGAAUACUUACAGACAGAAGGCCUCUCAGUAGAGAUGGACAAAGCACCUGGUGAUGACAGUGAACAUGAGGAUGAAUUCAGGUGUUCACAAGUAACACCCAAAGAACACUUAAAGACAGAAGGCCUCUCAGUAGAGAUGGGCAUAGCACCUGGUGAUGACAGUGAACAUGAGUAUGAAUUUAAGUAUUCAAAAGCACUGUCAGCAGAAGAACUACAGGAGGAUUGUCUUCCCCCUUUGUUUCCUUACUGUGAAGGAAUUGGUCUGAACCUUGACGUUGGGUCGAAACAAAGUCUAGAUCCAGAUUUGCUGACAAAGGGCGUGAUGUUAGAAUUAGUACACUUUACCAGGAUACUGACUGCAUCCUACAGCCCUAUUGUUCUUGAUGUGUUGGAGCACAAUUUUGAACUUGAUCUCAAAAGUCAACAAGGGAAAAGUCGACUUUGGUUCAAGAUAUCUCAACUGCUGAGAAGAAGAAAUCGACUCCUCGCCACUGGUACCAAAAUUAGCCUAAAUUUUAAAGAUGAGCAGUUUUCCUUCCAGACAAACCCCUUAAAAAGAACUAAGUUUUCAACACUGUCCAAUGUGGAAGCCUCACAGUAUCACCUCAAGGACGUGAUGAAAAGAAGACAGUCUGAUUUAAAAAGUAACCAGAAAAAGAGGGCACUGUCAAGCUCAAGUGAAAGGAGGAACAAAAGACACAGAAUAGGACAGUUUGAAGACAUGGAGACAAACUCACUCUCUCAUCACACUGAUUUGUGUACCAGUGAAAAAGCGGAGGGAGAUCAUUGUCACACUUUCAUACUAGGAGAGUCUGAUCAAGACUCUGACAAAGUCACAAAUCCAGGAUACACUGGCAAACUGGAUCACUUACAAAGCCCAAAAAGUUGUUCACUGAGCUCUGACAUUGCUGGAGACUCAGAACCAAGUUAUCUUGGUUUUUGUACGCCUUUAUUCACCACCACUGAAAUCUCAUCCAGUUCACCAACUGUAAACUCAAAUGUGAACCCACCAUUUGCAAGUCAACCUGAUGAAAGAGGGCUUUGUGGAGGGGAAGAGCCAUCACAGACUCCAAGAAAUGCAUCAAAUAAACAUGACAUGGAGCAAGACGAAAUGGGAACAGAGAUCAUUUGGAAGUUACGUGCUAACCGUGUAAAACAAAUCCUCUCCUCACCAAAGACAGAAAAAGAGUAUUGUCAAUUCACCAUGUCCAAGAAAGCAGGCCUUGAAUUUAAUGUUGGAUUUGGCCCAAAGAAAAACAUCAGUGUUGACUCUUUGUCUAAUUCUGUUCUGCUUGAAGUUGCUAAAUUUGCCUUGGCAAUGAAUUCGUCUCAACAGGAUUUCAUCAUGGAGAUUCUUGAGUACAACUUUGACUUCGGCCUGCAGAGUCAACACCAGAGGAAUCUUUUCACAUGUGAAAUUAUGAAAAGAGUAAGAAAGCUGAGAAGUUGUGAAGAUGCAGUCAGAUUCUCAAAAGAGGUUUUUCAACUGCCUGGACCCAUGUCAUCAAAAAUGAAUAUGGCUAAUCAGAGUGUGGUUGGAGUAACUCCAGAACUCAGCAGUGAAUUGAGAAUUAAGGAGUGUGCUGUUGUUCUGGUACGUCUGCCUCAUUCACAUGCCGAAACUAAACAACUUACAUCACAGAAGAUUGUGGAUCUUUAUCCCUUCUGCAAGAAAAUAGGUCUGAAACUGCAUGUGAACAAAAUUCAACCAAACAAAAAACUGGAUAUCAACAACCUGACCAAUGGAGCAAUGACUGAAGUGAUGAACUUUGCAGAAAAGUUGUGUGGAACAUUUGAGCAGAUUUGUCUCGACAUUCUCAGACACAACUUGGAUCUUGAUUUGCAAAGUGGACAAUCUGAUCUUGCCAGAGAUAUUUUUGCACGAAUUCCUGCCAUAAUGGAGCAAAAGAAUUUAUCAAAUUGUGCAAGCCUCGACAGGAAAAUAAAAGGCACAGGAACAGAUUAUUCAACAAUGUUGCAACUGGAUUGCCAAAACAGCACAAAUUUAGAUGCAAGCAAUGUUGGUCCUUCCGAGGUUGCUACCAUAGACCAAUAUGUAGACACUUCUGCUGACAUUCAACAGCAAGAUGAACACAAUUUAAUGCUGUGGAAAUUGCGGGCCAGGUAUAUUGAGUACAUCCUCUCAGUACCUCAUGAAGAACAUUGCCCAUUUUAUUCUUACUCCAGAUGCAAAAAAAUUGGCAUUGAUUUCAAUGUAGGAUCUGGAAUUAAACAAAAUCUUGAUCCCAAGUUACUGACCAAUGGCAUCAUGGAUGAACUGAACAAGUUUGCCACAGCCUUGGUAUCAUCCCAAAAGUAUUUCAUCACAGAUAUACUGGAGUACAAUUUUCAUCUUGAUUUCAAGAAUGAGCUGCAUCGCAGUGCAUUUGCAUAUCGAACUUGGUAUGCAAUUCAAGCAGCACGUAAAAAGUUCAACUUUAGUCGAAUGAAUAUGGUUUUUGAACUCCCUGACCUGAGGUACAUACAAGAAUCUACCAAUUGUUGCCCCAGAUGCUAUCAAGUCAGAACUGACAAGCUUCAUCAGGAUGAAUCUGACCCUGGUCACAUGCAUCAUCCCUGUCCACAUACCAUGACUGACACAUUCCUUGCUGAUGCAAACUCCACAGCACAGAAGCCCGCAAAGGAUCUGUCCUCGACUCUCUCAGCAGCAGCGGAAACAAUAAUUGACAGGUACUCUCGCUGCAAGAAAAUAGGUCUGGACCUGUGCGUAGACAAAGACCAACCAAAAGAUAAAGUGGACUUGCAUUUAUUGACAAAUGGCAUUAUAACUGAAGUGUUCAGUUUUACCAUAAAACUGUGUGGGACAAAAAUGAAGAUCAUCAGUGAUGUCCUUGAACACAACUUCAAAAUUGACAUGCAGAGGCAAGGUGUCAAUCCUGCAGCCAUGUCCCUUACAGUACCGAAGUAUAAAAAAUCUGCCAGUCAGGCCUGGUUAAGUGAAGUCUAUGUAAUUCAACAGCAUCCACAAAAACAAUUUAGACAUGCAAGUAAAGUGAAACAGGCAACAUCCAUGCGGAAAAGUGAAUUGAAAGAAACGUUCAAAAACAGAAAGCUGGCACUACAAAGCAAGGGAAAAGUCACAGCACCAGAGAGAAUGGGAACAGAGAACAACUACACUUGUCCUCUAGGAGAGUCAGAUCUAGACUGGGGUGACAUUACAGAUUCAGGAGGUGAAGAGCAAACACAGACUCGUAGAAAUGAGCAAACUGAAUGUGACAUGGAGCAAGAGGAAAUGGGAACAGAGACUCUGUGGAAGUUGCGUGCUAACCGUGUAAAACAAAUCCUCUCCUCACCGAACAGAGCGUUUGGUGAAUACUCCUGGUCCAAGAAAGCAGGCCUUGAGUUCAAUGUUGGAUUUGGCCCAAAGCAACACAUCAGUGUUGACUCUUUAACUAAUUCUCUUCUGCUUGAAGUUGCUGAAUUUGCCUUAGCAAUGAAUUCAUCUCAACAGGAUUUCAUCAUGGAGAUUCUUGAGUACAACUUUGACUUUGGCCUGCAGAGUCAACACCAGAGGGAUCUUUUCAUAUGUGAAAUUAUGAAAAGAGUAAGAAAUUCGAGAAGUUGUGGAGAUGCAGUCAGAUUCUCAAAAGAGUAUUUGCAACUACCUGGUCCCAUGUCGUCAGUAAAUAUGGCAAAUCAGAGCAUGGGCAGUGUCAAUCCUGAACUCAGCAGUGAAUUGAGAGUUGAGGAUUGUGAUGUUGCCCCUGUGUGUCCUUCGAAUGUAAAUGCUAACACCAAAGAACACAUUUCACAGACGAUAAUGGAUCUUUAUCCUUUCUGCAACAAAAUAGGUCUGAAACUGCAUGUGAACAAAAGAAAACCAAACAAAAAGCUGGAUAUCAGCAGACUGAGCAGUAGAGCAAUGACUGAAGUGAUAAACUUUGCAGAACAGUUGUGUGGAACAUUUGAGCAGAUUUGUCUUGACAUUCUGAGACACAACUUGGAUCUCGAUUUGCAAAGUGGACAAUCUGAUCUCGCCAGAGAUAUUCUUGCACGAAUUCCUGCCAUAAUGGAGCAGAAGAAUCUAUCAAACUGUGCAAGCCUCGACAGGGAAAUAAAAGGCACAGGAACAGAUUAUUCAACAAUGUUGCAACUGGAUUGCCAGAAUAGCCCAAAUUUAGAUGCAAGCAAUGUUGGUCCUUCCGAGGCUGCUACCAUAGACCAAUAUGUAGACACUUCUGCUGACAUUCAACAGCAAGAUGAACACAAUUUAAUGCUGUGGAAAUUGCGGGCCAGUCAUAUUGAGUACAUCCUCUCAGUACCUCACGAAGAACAUUGCCCGUUUUAUUCUUACUCCAGAUGCAAAGAAAUUGGCAUUGAUUUCAAUGUAGGAUCUGGAGUUAAACAAAAUCUUGAUCCCAAGUUACUGACCAAUGGCAUCAUGGAUGAACUGAACAAGUUUGCCACAGCCUUGCUAUCAUCCCAAAGGUAUUUCAUCACAGAUAUACUGGAGUACAAUUUUCAUCUUGAUUUCAAGAAUGAGCUGCAUCGCAUUGCAUUUGCAUAUCGAACUUUGCAUGUAAUUCGAGCAGCACGUAGGAAUAAAAAAUUCACAGCUACUCGAUUGAAUAUGGUUUUUGAACUCCCUGACCUGAGGUACAUACAAGAAUCUACCAAUUGUUGCCCCAGAUGCUAUCAAGUCAGAACUGACAAGCUUCAUCAGGAUGAAUCUGACGCUGGUCACAUGCAUCAUCCCCGUCCACAUACCAUGACUGACACAUUCUUUGCUGAUGCAAACUCCACAGCACAGAAGCCUGCAAGGGAUCUGUCCUCGACUCUCUCAGCAGCAGCGGAAACAAUAAUUGACAGGUACUCUCACUGCAAGAAAAUUGGUCUGGACCUGUGCGUAGACAAAGACCAACCAAAAGAUAAAAUGGACUUGCGUUUAUUGACAUACGGCAUUAUAAAUGAAGUGUCCAGUUUUACCAUAAAACUGUGUGGGUCAAAAUGUAUCAUCAUCAAUGAUGUCCUUGAACACAACUUCAAAAUCGACAUGCAGAGGCAAGGUGUCAAUCCUGCAGCAAUGUUCCUUGCAUUGCCGAGGAAGAAUGAAAAAUCUGCCAGUCAGGCCUGGUUAAGUGAAGUCUAUGUAAUUCAGCAGUAUCCACAAAAACAAUUUAGACAUGCAAGUAAAGUGAAACAGGCAACAUCCAUGCGGAAAAGUGAAUUGAAAGAAGCGUUCAAAAACAGAAAGAGAGAGUCAGAUCUAGAUGUGAACAUCACAGAUUCAGGGGGUGAAGAGCAAACACAGACUCUUGUGCCAAAUGAAUGUGACAUGGAGCAAGAGGAAAUGGGAACAGAGAACACCCUGUGGAAGUUGCGUGCUAACCGUAUAAAACAAAUCCUCUCCUCACCAAACAAACAGUUAGGUAAAUUCACCAUGUCCAAGAAAGCAGGCAUUAAGUUCAAUGUAGGAUUUGGCCCAAAGCAACACAUCAGUGUUGACUCUUUAACUAAUUCUGUUAUGCUUGAAGUUGCUAAAUUUGCUCUAGCAAUGAAUUCAUCUCAACAGGAUUUCAUCAUGGAGAUUCUUGAGUACAACUUUGACUUUGGCCUGCAGAGUCAACACCAGAGGGACCUUUUCACAUGUGAAAUUAUGAAAAGAGUAAGAAAACUGAGAAGUUGCGAAGAUGUAGUCAGAUUCUCAAAAGAGGUCUUUGAACUUCCUGGUCCCAUGCUGUCAAUAAAUAUGGCAAAUCAGAGCAUGGACAGUGUCAAUUCUGAACUCAGCAUCGAAUCAAGAAUGGAAGAAUGUGAUGUUGCUCCUGUGUGUCCUUCUGAUUCACACACUGAAAGCAAAGAACAUAUAUCAGAGAUGAUUGUGGAUCCUCAUCCCUUCUGCAAGGAAAUUGGUCUGAAGCUACACGUCAACAACUGUAAACAAAACACAAAACUGGAUAUCAACAAACUGACCAAUGGAGCAAUGACUGAAGUGACAAACUUUGCAGAACAAUUGUGUGGAACAUUUGAGCAGAUUUGUCUUGACAUUCUCAGACACAAUUUUGAUUUCGAUUUGCAAAGUGGAGAUACCAGAAGAAUUGUUGCUGCUGUAUGUGAGCAAAAGAAUCUAUCAUCAAAACUUUCAAAACAUUUGAAAAUAAAGGGCACAAAAGCAACAAACCUAAAUCAAGAUUGCCAGAAUGACCAAACUUUAGAUGCAAGUGGUACUGGAUAUUCCCAGGCCGCAGUAAUGGACGACAAGACUGAAUACCCAGAAGAGUUAGAUUUAAAGCUGUGGAAAUUGCGGGCCAAUCAAAUGCAGCAAAUCCUCUCAAUACCUCACGGAGAACAUUGCCCAUUAUAUUCUUACCCCAGAUGCAAAACAUUGGGCAUUGAUUUCAAUGUAGGAUCUGGAGUAAAGCAGAAUCUUGAUCCCAAGUUACUGACCAAUGGCAUCAUGGCCGAAGUGGAUACAUUUGCCAACGCACUGCACUCAGCAGAAAAGUAUUUCAUCACAGAGAUACUGGAGUAUAAUUUUCAUCUUGAUUUCAAGAGUGAGCUGCAUCGCAGUGCCUUUACGCUGCAAAUUUGGAAAAAAGUUUUGGGGCUAAGAAAGCACAAAAGUAGCAAUCCUCGAAUGAAUAUGCCUUUUGAACUCCCUGACAUACAAGAACCUAUUUCUGACAGUCCUAACUAUUGCCCUAAAUGCUAUCAAGACAGAAAUGAUAAGCUUCAUCAGGAUGAAUCCAAUCCCAGUGAAAUGCAUCAUCCUCGUCCACAUAUAAUGCUAGACACAGUUUCUGCAGAUGCAAACUGCAUAGAACAAAAGCCUGCAAAGGAUCCUUCCCUUACCUCCUCAGCAACAGAGGAGACUAUAAUGGACCGCUACCCUCGCUGCAAGAAAAUAGGUUUGAACCUGUGUGUGAACAAAGACCAACCGAAAGAUAAACUUGACAUGCAUGUAUUGACAAGUGGGAUUAUCGUUGAAGUGGCUAGUUUUGCCAAAAAAUUGUGUGGGUCAAAAAAUAACACCAUUCGUGCAAUCAUUGAAAACAACUUCAACAUGAGCCUGCAGCCUGUAGAUAUAUGGAACAAAGUGUGGCUUAGUAAAGAAAUACACAAGGAUGGUGGACACGCAUGGUUGGAUGAAGCCUUUGUUUCUCAGCCACAAAGACAACCCAGGCAUUUAAGUAAACCUGUUGAAGCAUCUGCCACGCAGAUCAGUGAAAGGAAGGAAACUAUUAAAAAAAGGAUGCUGGCACUUCAAACUAAGGAGGAAAGACCCACGCUGCCAAGUCCUAACACAAGUGUCGUAAAAUCAAAGACACAUCAACAGAGAAAAGGGAAAUGUUUUCCCCAUUGCACAGAGAUAGGUCUGGAUCUAGAUGUCACAUCAAAAUCAGGCGAGAAAGAGAAACUGGACUUGGAUUUAUUGACGAGAGCUGUAGUGUGUGAGAUCCAUAAAUUUGCAGUCAAGAAUCCAGGAAACUACAUGCCACACACUAUGUUUGACAUUCUUGACUAUAACUUUGAUCUUAGCUCACAACAUCACAGGCGCUGGGAAUUUUCCAUAGCUACUACAUCCAAAGUCCAAGCUAUGGUCAAGCAACGUGACAUGAAUCGAAACAGACCACAUGAAGUCUUCAAGUUGCCAUUUAUAUUUGCUCCCGGGACACAUAAUGAGAAACCAAAAAAGCAUUCCAGGAAAGAACCAAACAAAAAAAAGAGAAUGGGCAGAAACCAUUCAGAUUCCAGUGAUGAUGAUUUUCUUAAUGAUGUCGAAACUAAUGAGGUGGCUGGGUCUUGUGAGGACACUGAGUUCUCAAUAGAUCCUUGGUCGGCACUGCCAAUGUGUGGAAGUCCAGUGAGUGAAGGUUGUGACAGUCCUCUCCAGGGAAACAUACAGAUCGGAGAGAAGGAGUACGAUGCACAAUUUGGCAAUAUGAAUCCAGAACUGGACACUGAGACGGCAGUGCCCAUGAGUGGGAGUCUUGAGAGUAAAGCUUGUGCUAGUCCUGUCCAGGGAAACAUACAGACAAAAGAGGAGAAGUACGAUCCACAGUAUGGCAAUAUGAAACCAGAACUGGACACUGGGACAAUAGUGCAGAUGAGUGGGAGUCCUCUCCAGGGAAACAUACAGAAGAAAGAGGAGGAGUAUGAGCCACAUUAUGGCAAUAUGAAAUCAGAACCAGACACUGAAAUGUUAGUGCCAUUGAGUGGGAGUCCAGUGAGUGAAGGUUGUGGCAGUCCUCUCCCGGGAAACGCACAGAUUAAAGAGGAGUACAAUCCACAUCAUGGUAAUAUAAAACCAGAACCAGACACAGAGGAAAAACAUAAUGAUGAUGUCAAGACAAAGUCAAACACUGAAGAUGCUCAGCACUUAGUCCCAGAUGUGGCUACAGGACUCCUUGGGUAUAUGCCAGUGGUAGUUUUGCCAAACUUUGUCGGACCGCAGGCGGGAUUGCAAAACCAGUAUGUCCAGUGUUACAUCCUGGCAGAACCACAAGGACCCGCUAUACGUCCUGACAUUGUGAGUAACAUAACACCCAGACUGAACACUGAGGGUGUUCAGUAUUUAGUCCCAGUUCAAGCAGUCGGAUGCCCUAUGGUAACCAUAGGUCCAGGCAGUGAGAGCAUAUUGAUCAAACAAGGGCAAGAAAAUGUGCCAGCUGACUUGCAGCAAGGUGAAGCUCACAGAAAAUGAAGUGGGCAUCUAACAGUAAUGAAAUCCUUAAGCCUCUAAAUUAUAGUUUCACACUAAACAGAUGCUAUUAGCUGCCUUGGUUUCUAUGGAACUGUAUUGAGAAUGUAAUUCGUGACUUAUUUCAGGAAUGUAUACUUUAAAAAGCUCUGUUAAACUCAUACUCAAGAAGUGGAGGCCUAACAGAUAGCUAAUGCAUAAGGUUGUAAAUAUUCUGCUUUGAAGUUUUGUUGUAAAAAGGACAAGUUGAAAAUACAUUACACUUUUUUAUGUUUCUUUUUUUUGCAGUCAGUAGUCUGCGGUCUUUUCAUUUGUAAGAAUUUGUAUGAGACACUGUGGCCUUUGAGAGCCAAAAAGAGCUGUCAUUGCAAAGAGCUGUCAAUAUUGUGCUUUACCUUUUUGUGUUCUAAAAAAAAUGGACAAUAUGAAAAUUCAGAAAGUUAUGAAAGUUUUUUGUUUCCUUUUCUUUUGGUCAAUUGAGACUGGACAUUGCUGACUUUGUGGAUAUCAAAUCAUUGUAUUAUAGUCAUAUAAGACGGUCUUGCCUUACUUUAAAAGUGCCUGUUCUGUUUUGUUUUUUUUCUGAUCAUUUUAUACAUAGAUUAAUGUCACUUUUAUUUUUGAAAAAGGAAAAAAGUUUGCAACGAAAAGAUUUUGUAAAUGACACAAACUGUGGACACUCUGUGAAUUUGUCAUAAAUUUGUAAAUAUGAGUGUGUCCAUACUUUGUUCUUAAUUAGUAAGCACAGCAUUUCAUGGAUAUACAGGAUAACAGAAAUCAAAAUGACCUUUAUCUGGAUGGACUUGUCUGUUGCUCAUUGCUGUUUUAGUACAUUUAUAUAAACUUUGAAAGCAUC